AAUCGCUACUUUUCAUAUCUGAUAGGGACAUGGAAUUAUAAGCCCAUGAAUAUGCACCAGCCUUUAAAUCAGUCCUAGCUGGCCAAGUGGGUUCCAUCUAUAUUUAACGUGUUUUACAUUCAAUACAACAGCCGGGAAUGGCCUCUUGUGAUAAGGACGGACCACAGCUAGAGAUAGUUCGCCCGGUAUGACUGUAUUUCGGAAUAUGGAAGUACGCGUGAUGGUGGCGCUCUGCAUCGCCGUCCGCCUGAGUAGCCCUUAGUGGCAACCGCUGUGCGGAGGAACCAGCGCUGUGUAUACACAACUCAACAGAUGCCCUGCCGCUGCUGCAGUCGUGUAUAUGUCCAUAUGUCGCAGCGUCUGCCGGCCGGCAGGUAGAACAGGGAGCUGAUGAUUCGACUUGUCUCUCAUCGCGAGAUGCGGAGCGAGGUGAUGUGGAUCCCUGUUGUUGCGCUGUAGCGGACUGUCCGGUGACAGGCGUGUUGUCACCACAAGAGCAUGUGAAGUCACAGGUACCGCAUGCGCGUCUGUGUACAUGUUGUGGUGAUAUUUUCGAUGUGACGUAAGCCUGUUUCACAUACACACACACUCACACACACAUACACACGUGGUGUGCAGUUCCAUCGACCUGACUCAACUGUCAUCUGUCGUCUGCUCGUGUGAGGUGUUGAUGCAGAAGAGGAAUAUUGUACGGACGCGUGUCAUCGCUAGUGUGAUAUUACAGUGUGGUGGAUAUAUUCUCUGAAAGCUCAAAUCUGGAUGUGCCCUUUGGACGGAGUACAUGUGAGUUUAACGGCGGAGACAGCCGUAUGGAGGCGCUAGGACCAUGUCGGGUGCAUUGGCGCGGAGAAAGACUAGCGACACUGGUUUGGCGGUCAGAUACACGCCGUGCGCCAAUUCAGAAUUGGAUGGGGAUGAAAUUGAGGAAAUCGCUAUAGUGAGUAAAGAUGCAAAAGAGUCACAGGAGGAUGAGGUUGAGGUGGAGGCAGACGUCGAAUGUGGCGAGCAGACGACAACAGCCAACGGUCCUCGCUCUCUCCCAGGCUUGGAGAUCUUCUCUUCACCUAGUGAUCGCACCAAGUUGAUUGGUGAAAGAUUAAGUUCCAGCGACAAAAUUAGCAUCUCCUCGCCCAUCUAUUCAAAUAAGGUUGUGGAACAGAAAUCGAAGUCAACGUCGAAACAAAGUCUGUUGGAUAUUGUUAGCGGCAAACUGGAUCUUGUCAAAACACGGAAGCGCUAUUCCCUUGCCCAGUCCUCGCUCAUGAAAAAGCCCAGGCCGAGCGAGGCCAAUAUUGUGACAUCGCGAGGCAUUCGGAAACAACGGAAGAAAGAAAUCGAGGACAAAUUCGGCAAGAAAAGUGUCAGGGGUGAACGAUUCGAAACUGCGACAUCUGUGAGCUCGGACCGGGAUGGAUGUAACUGGACAUUUGUGUUUGACCCCUCGGGAAGACUCUGUUACUGGUGGUCUUCCGUGGUCAGUAUGGCGUUCUUAUACAACUUCUGGGUCAUUAUUUACAGAUUUGCAUUUCAGGAGAUUAACGCAGAUAAUCUGUCAGUGUGGUUCACAUUGGACUACACCGCCGACUUCCUCUACGUCCUUGACAUUGCCUUCCACUUCCGGACAGGUUACCUGGAAGACGGUGUGUUACAAACAGACCCAACCAAAUUAAGACUCCAUUAUAUGAACACGACCACUUUCUACAUAGAUUGUUUGUGUCUAUUGCCAUUAGAUUUUUUGUAUCUUUCCAUCGGUUUCUGCUCAAUUCUCCGAUGUUUUCGCCUGGUCAAAGUUUACCGCUUUUGGACAUUCCAAGACCGAACGGAACGUCACACCAACUACCCCAACGUGAUCCGUACCGGCACGCUUCUGCACUACCUGUUGGCGUUGUUUCAUUGGAAUGCAUGUUUAUACUUUGUCGUGGCUACAAGGAUGGAGAAGUCCCAGGACACGUGGAGGUUCCCGAAGGAUAACACGAACACAGUCCUGCAGUAUCUUCACGCGCUGUACUGGAGCACCUUGACCCUCACCACUAUCGGGGACCCACCCUCACCCGUUACAAUGGGAGAAUAUUUGUUUACUAUUUUUGAAAUGGUGUUUGCGUUGUUGCUGUUUGCAACGGUGUUAGGACACAUCGCCAACAUAGUGACAAAUGUCAGCGCUGCCAGGAAGGAGUUCCAAGCGCGACUUGACGGCGUGAAGACAUACAUGGAGUUGAGACGGGUUCCUUUAAAACUUCAGGAUCGAGUGAUAAAGUGGUUCGAUUAUUUGUGGAUGUGCAAUAAAUCUAGUGAUGAAGAAAAGAACCUCGGCUUAUUACCGGAUAAGUUAAAAGCUGAGAUAGCUAUUCAUGUUCAUCUGGACACACUGAAGCGAGUGGAAAUUUUCCAGGCCACGGAGGCUGGCUUUCUAUGUGAACUUGUGCUUCGACUCAGACCCGUGCUGUUUUCACCUGGAGAUUAUAUAUGCAGAAAAGGUGAGGUGGGUAAGGAGAUGUACAUUGUCAACCGUGGGAGAUUGCACGUGGUGGCGGACAACGGGAAGACCGUGCUCGCUACUCUCAAACCAGGCAGCUACUUCGGUGAAAUCAGUAUAUUAAACAUGGGCACUGCCGGCAACAGGAGGACUGCUUCCGUGCGCUCAGUCGGGUACUCAGACUUGUUCUGUUUAGCAAAAAAAGACCUGUGGGACGUUUUAAAGGAAUACCCCGCCGCGAGGGUGAAACUUGAAGCAAUCGCUGUUAAACGUUUGGAAAAAUAUAAAAAGGCGCCAUUAGAAAAAGUUGCAAUGUCUAGGAGUAAGAGCACGCCUGGCCUUGUGGAAUCAGCCGGCAAGGUCCCGCUGGAGACGAUGCUUGUGCACCGCCACCACACCCUCCCUGCCGGGCUCCCCGCCCACAACAGCACGGAGGAGAGACACGACCAGUACGGUGCAGACUACGGGGGAGGUAUGGGUCCAGCGUCUCGCAGCGAGGACAACAUCAUCGCUCACUGCGACGACCACGAAAGAAACGAGUCGCUGGAAUCAGCGCAGCAGGUUGUGUGCAAUAUGACCACAUCAAUGACAAUAUCGAGUAUGACGUCGUACGCCAGUGCAUCGCCGCCACAGAGAUCGCCAGUUGUCACGGAAUCAGCCAAAAGUCCAUUCAGUCCUCCACCGUCGCCUCGACAAACCAAGUUCUCUGUGGCGGGAAUCUCCACCGUCAGUGCCAAUACACCUCCGACUAUGUCCGACCAUUACCAGCGGGCACACGCCCACUACCAGGGGAACUUGAACACCCUUCCUCAAAACUACCCAUAUGUCAACCAGCCCCAAAUGGCGUACCUGACGCCUUUCUCAGCACCCCCUGUCUACAGCCCUCCCUCCCCAAGCAUGAUCCUGACCACCCCUAACAGUCUGGGGGCAUCUCAGUCCAGUCUCGUCCCCCCUCACCACAUCCAACACCCCCUGCAAACCCAUUCCCCCAUGGCGAUGUCUCCUAUGACCGCUAGCAUUAGUCCAGUGAGCAUAGGGUCGCCAUGUAGACAAACAGAUACCCAAGCUGAAAUUUUGCUCAAGGAGAUAUCCAGGUUGAGAGAGAGACUCGCCCAGUUGGAGAGUGAGAACUCAGCUCUGACUGUGAAGCUAAACCAGCAACAGUGGGACGUGGAGAAUCGCUUGACAGAACUGGAGAUGCAUAUUUGCCAGAGUGACAGCGUGGCGAGUACUGGGUCUGGUGACGAGAAGCAACAGGACAAACACGCACCUGUUAACAGGGAGUCGAUCAUAUGAUGACAGGGACGGAAGGAUCGUGAGAGUAUGAAGCUCCGGGCCCUGUUUUUUGAAUCUUUGAUCAAAACACUAGGUCUGGGUAAAGCAUCUUUGAAUGCCAGUGCAUCGUCUGCUGUGAAGGACAUGGCACGAGUAGCUAUAGUGUCAAGGGAGAUGAUUCCACUACCUGGGCGCCAGGUCCAUGUUGCCCUGGCAACCUAUGAGAACGUUUGAUUGUGAUGGAAAUUUCUGCUGCUCUAACUUCGAUGCACAUCACAUUAAGGGACCAGUCUUUCAGAAGCCUUUUCUGAGAUUUCAGGGAUUGAACAAUUAAUCUUCCACUUCUAGAGGACCUUGUGCUCCAUCUCAUUAUUCCACAAACGAAGGCGGAAGCUCCCUUCUGAAAGAUACAAAGAGUCGUUCCCCUUGAACAAUUACCUAUCUUCAAAGUGCGAGAGUACCAACUGACCAUUGAUGGGUUCUCUCCCUUUGCUCCAUAUCACUGCGAAAGGCUCUCCCAGCGCCAUCGAGCGGUGAGUGUGUGCAAGGGUAGACUACUCGUCUCCAACUAGAAUGCACUAGCUGUGGUUGUGAGUAUAGUCGAAUAUUUCUGCUCAAAACGCGGAAUGUUAUAUGAUGACUAAAUUGAGUUUUUAAUCCAACAUUGUGAGCAACGUAGCCACGAACAGACAUGUGAUGACAUCAGAACUUCUUAACACCUUUGUACAUCAAUGUAUAUAUUUCAGUGCAGGCCGUGCAUUGAUUGGAUACAGCUCCACAGGAUAAAACCAAAGAAAUGUCGACAAGGCAAAUAAUCCGUGAGAAAAAGCAAUGGUCGUGACGUCACCGCAAAGUUCAUAUCCACUGCAAUACAAAACUGUCCCACAUUGUGUUCUCAGUGUUGAAUGUGAUUGGACAGAUAUGCCACGUGAGGGUGAGCCACGUGACUACCAGUGUCAAGGUGAGGGUCGAGCUCAAUGCAAGAGGAGAACAGCUUCCUUUUUAAGAUGCAAUUUAGAACCAAAAUAGCAUUUAAAGAAAUGUGGCGCUGUUUAUUGAUAGUUUUAUGCUGAAUAGAUAUUCAUGCAUUUUGUGAAAUCUGUAAAAUUAGCCAUGAAACAUCCGCCUUCAGCUUAGGGGGAUAUGACAUAGUAAACUUAUUAAAUAACGUUUGGCUCUCAAAUAAAAGAGGAUUUCGGUUAACACACUGAAUUAUCAGAGGUUCUUUUGAAGGAAAGUGAACUGUAAAACGAAUGAUGAUACGUCACUGCGCGAUAAGUAGGUUAUAACACCUUAUAGCCAGGAUUCACGAAAUACAAUGGUUAUUCUUUAUAAAGAUUGUUAACCUUCUCAACACACACUCGCGGAAUAACCUUUAAAUAUACGCAUGUUUAUUGGAUUUAGAAUAUAUAUUGCUACUUUCAUCAGUGAUGUUAUGCGACCGUUGGCUGUGCAUAAAGUUAAAUUGUCCCAACAUAAGCAUAGUAGAUUAUUGUUAUUUGGGAGACUGGGUUAGACUGUAGUACUAGUCGAGCUGCUGGGCUAGUCCACGUGUAGUACUAGUCGAGCAACUUGGCUAGUCCACGUGUAGUACUAGUCGAGCUGCUGGGCUAGUCCGCGUGUAGUACUAGUCGAGCUGCUGGGCUAGUCCACGCGUAGUACUAGUCGAGCAACUUGGCUAGUCCGCGUGUAGUACUAGUCGAGCUGCUGGGCUAGUCCACGCGUAGUACUAGUGGAGCAACUUGGCUAGUCCGCGUGUAGUACUAGUCGAGCAACUUGGCUAGUCCGCAUGUAGUACUAGUCGAGCAACUUGGCUAGUCCACGCGUAGAGCUAGUCGAGCAGCCUCACAGCGGCCCUCGGGGAAUGAUUAUCAUGUUCACAUUGUGUCCAUGUGGGAAUCAAACCCAGGCUUCCCAUGCCCCAUGUAACCGAUAUCGAUCUCAAACUUAUGCAGGAACUGAAGAACACAUCAGAUGUUGUACGAAAUAAGAGAAGAGUUAUGAAAAAAACAUGUCACUAUUUGUCCAAAAUUAUCUUAAAAUUAUCCAAUUUGGAAAUAAUUGGAGUCUACUAUGACACAUUGUGUUCCUACCUCAAAAUUGGAUCCAAACGGGUCGUUACAUGAUCUUGAAACCGACAACGGAUUUGUUAACUACACAAUGCAGCAUACUAAAAGUAGUGAACGUCGAGAAUGAGAUAUUACGAAUAAGAUUAUUUAUCCAUGCUGUCUCCAAACGUUUUGUUACUGUGACAUGCUGAUAUAAGACGCAUGAUCCUGCUUAUGGAGGUCUGUGAAUCCUGGCUUCGUUUCUAAUUUGCUGAAUCGUAUCUUCACAACCAAUAGCCUCUAAACCCGGAAGUGCCGAGCUCUGCCAAUUAGACAAAAACCGUCAGCGUUUCUGUUGCCCUAAUCUUGCAGGCCUUGUCAUUAACGAGAUGGUGAAACGACUUUUAAAUCGCCAUUUAUACUUCUCCCACUGCUUAUUCUACGAUCGAAUGUUAUUCGGGUUAUUGGCGGAAUAGCCCCGAAGGCGUCCGAUGUCACGUGACCACGUCACGUGUCGUACAGAUAUGGAAUGUGAUAACCCUCAGAUUUGAGGUUCUCAGUGACAUGCAACAGUACAUACAGUGUCACGUUUGUUUUACGUAUUUUCAUUCCAGUUUUACCUAUCAUACCCACGUUUCUACGUACCUGAAUCGUGGGGGUGAAGUGACUUGUUCUCAACGUGUUUGUCAUUUCAGAAUUAUAACUGUUUUGGUAUUUCUUUAUCAUAUCAUUCCAUGACACAUGACAAUAUCAUCAUAUCAGUUAUCAAAAGUUGUUGUCUUGAUACAUAUUGUGUCAGUGACACCACCACGUGCAGGGAAUAAGUCUGACGUCAUAGAUAUGUAAUGGUAUUGAAUGGGGCGAGUGCGGUAGGCACAUUAGAUAUAUAUGAGUGAUCGAAAUCCGUGCAGUUGAUAUGUUGGAAAUUACUAUGUACAAUAAUUGCAAUAUAAAUUCAAUAUUUUCAUUACUUUUCCAGUCAUAUUUUAAAUACAAAAUAUCCUCAUAGUGUAUCUACUUUGUUCUAGCAGUUAACUCAAAAGUUCUUUCUUUUCGAGGGAAACUCGUCUUUCCUGGACGGGAAUCCGUGAAUGAGGAUAAUCUCGGUAUGGGGAAUCUCCUACAUGGUUAUUUCUGGAAUCGCCAUUGUGGGGAAUUCCCUGUAAUGGGGUUUUCCCUACACUCGGAAUCCUGUAAAAGGGGAAUACAGAGUGUCUUAUUAUUAUCGGUGAGGUUAAGUUUGAUCCAAUAUUCAACGUUCAUUUAACAUAGAUUUGAAGGAUUUGGAAGGAGUUGAAUAGAAGGGGGUCGUUUCGUAUCAUCGUACAAAAUAUCUCAAAAUACAAUUUGAUCCGCCUCACUGGCCAAAACUCCACGAAGUCCUCCACUAGUCCAGUAACCAAGGUGAUAUUUGCUGUUAUAUUUUACACAGUUUGUACGAUGACGCGAGACGGCUGAGGGUGACAUGUAUACCCCUGAGGCCAUCUCUGUGCCUCUAGGGCUAUGUUACUAUACUGUACACUCGCGGGAUGACACACCCGGAACUGGUCAGUUACAUCCAAGCGAUAAUCAAUAAUUACAGGACCUCUUCGAACACUGCAAAACUGUUCCAGUGAUCACAUUAUUGCGAUCGAGAGGUAGCCUCGUGGUUAAAGCGUUCGCUCGUCUCGCCGAAGACCCGGGUUCGAUUCCCUACAUGGGUACAAUGUGUGAAGCCCAUUUCUGGUGUCCCCCGCCGUGAUAUUGCUGGAAUAUUGCUAAAAGCGGCGUAAAACCAAACUCACUUACACACUCAUUGUGAUCGACCUCGAAAUAGAUUACCGGGGUAUAGGACUGCCAUGUUGAUUUUUAUCACUUCUAAACUAGAAAUGGUUUUGUUUAUGCUAACAAUACUUAGAGUACAUGUAAAAGCCAGUAUUACAAAUAUUACACAAAACUCUGCAAUGAUGCAAUGUGUGGUAUGUACUCUUGAGAUUUCCGAACUUCGUCGCCAGUAUUGACCCGAAUACGGAAACAACCGAUGUUAACCGAUCAGUUCCGAAAGUGUAUCCCUGCCAAGUGUUGGUAUGUUGUUCCGUCAGUUUGUACAGGCCAGUAGGAACAUUUAUAGUUAAAUAAAUAUUUCAUUAAAUUGAUUUUCACGUUUACAUUAUUGUUAUGAAAUGGAAGUGUGAUGGCAAUUUUCAUUUUAUAAUUUUAUUCUCUUGUUUCUCGCGGUCUUCCAGCCUGUUCCUUAAUCUCCUUACUCAGUACGCGAUGCAUGGAGUUUAAGUUCCUUGCAGGGUACAUUGAGUUGCGGGUUUCGGCAGACCCUGGAGCAGUGGAAUAAAUGAAUAAAAGUUAUUACUUACA